CAAGGCGCGAGCAUAAUAUUCAAAUUUUAGCAAUUGAAAAUUGAAAAAAAGAAUCUACAUUGAUUUCUUCUCUAUUUUAUUUUUUAUUUAAAUAAUAAUUAUCUUCGAAUAUUUGAUCGUCUUUUGUUCGUUUUAGUUUUUAAUUUUAUUGACGUCUUAUGUUCAAGACCGAUCAAAGAAAAUGUUAAGUUUGACGUAUUCCUGGAUUUCAUUAUCCAUUAUUUUAACAUAAUUAAGAUCAGUUUUGUGAAAGAGAUAAAGAAAAGAAAUCUUGAUAGUUAAAAUGUCAGAAGAAUUGGACAACGACGGGACAUUAAAAUCUCAAGAAUUUGGCCCACCGAAAUCGUUACAAAAAAUGGAGAAUGCAGACAUCUUGUGGAAAAUGAUAACAAAAAGAUUUCCAAAUGCUGCGCCACUUCUUUGCGAGAUGGAAGCUGUUAUUGAUCGUGCAGAUGAUCUUUUACGACAGCUCAGAAGACCUUACGGCAGAUCAGUUGAAGUAUCGAGUUUAAACAAUUUCGCGGAUUCCGGUGAAUCCGACGAAGUUAUUUCAUUGAUUUGCGAUGAAUCUUUUCCAGAAGAUGCUGAAGUUUUUGAAGAUGUAGCAAUCAUGACGAACACAGUCGAAACACAAAUUUCGAAAAGCAGUAUCACCACCGUCGAUACAGAUUUUGACUCCAUUUUGUCUAAUCAACCGUCUUCCUUGAUUGGCCAAAAAUCAAAUAACUCAAAAGACGAUUUAAAAGAGGAAGAAAAUGGAAAGGAAAAGAACGUUGACGAAUGUAAAAAUGAAGAAAACGUACAAGAACAAAUAGAAUCUACGUCGAAUUCGAAAAAAAUUUUCGAAAAAAUCCAAGAGAAUGAAAAGAAACAUUCUUCGGGAGAUUGGAAUGAGAAUAUAAACGUAGAAAAUCAUUCUUCUACUAUAAACGAUACAGAAGAGAUGGAAAUCUAUAAAAAUGUUGAAAUAACUGGCAUAUACAAAAGAGAUAAAAUAAUAACAUUCUCUGGCGAUGAAAAUAUUAAUAAGAGAACACCAUGGGAUAUUCUCGAGGAGUAUGCUAAUCAAUGUAACAUAAAUGUUGAUUAUCAUUGUGAGAAAAAUAAAUGCAAUCGUUUUGUGAUUAGCGGGAAAUUAUCAGAAUUUUCUGCAACCGGCUGUGGAGAUACAGAAGAUCUGGCUAAAAACAAUAUAGCCAAAAAAAUAUUGCAAAAUAUAGCUGAUCAUCAGAUGAACGACAAAGAGAUGAAACAAUUGUUGGAAUUAUCUCGAGAACAGAUAUUGGAAAUAAUUAAUUUUGGGAACGACGAUACAAUUGAGACGCCUUUACGAAAAGUUUACAUGCUUUGUAUAAAAAAAGGAGGAUCUGCACCAAGAUAUAUAACCGAAAGGGAAUACAAGCAUCAAGGUGUGAAGUGUGUAGCUAAAUGCAUAGCUUUGAAUCAUGUAGUUGAAGGAGAAGGAGUGAGCCGUCAUAAUGCGAAAAAGGCUGCUGCUGAACAAUUUUAUCAAAAAUAUUCCGAUAACGGGAUAUAAGAAACAAA